AUGGCGGCGCGAUCUGGCGGCGGCGCUCGGGGCCGGGGGCGUGGGCGCCAGCUGCGCUCGCGGCCGGAGGCAGAGCCGUACCGCGCGCGGCGCUCGGGGCCGGGGCUGUGGGCUGCGCCGGCGUGGGGCAGUCGGCCCAGGGCAUUGGCAGCGCUCGGGGCUGGGGGCAGCGGCAGCGGCAGCGGCGGCGGCGGCUCUCGGGGUCGCGGCCGUAGGCAGCGGCGGGGCCUAGGGUUCUCGGGGUCGGGGGCAAGUCCUAGGGCGGCGGCCGCCGUUGGGGCGAGGUCCGGCGACGGCGGCGGAGUGGCAGGAAAAUUUGGCAGCCUGACGGCGUCGUUUUGGUUUCGCGCCAGGACUUAG